AGCAAAUUGGGCCUAGAAGCAUGACCCAAGGGAAAGAUUUAUAAGUUAUUUAUUUAUUGGAUUGGGCCUAGUGGCUUGAACCAAAUAAGGGCUCAUAAUUAGUUUAUGUUUUAAAAGGAUUAGGUGUGGAAUGGGUUCAAUGGAUAAUCAGCCUCUUAAUGUAAAAAGUAUUUGUAGAAUAAAAAAAAAAGGUUUGGCGGGUUUGAAUGGUUCAAUGUUGGUUUGAUCGGUUCAUUGAGAUGGAUCAAAUCGAAAAGUUCACUGGCUGGUCCGAUCCGAUUUUUAAAGACAUUAUGAGUGGAAUUUGAAUCAUAUAACUUGACCAACCCAAUAAACCAGAAUCUAAUCCAAACAACCCGAGUUCAAGUUUGGCUUUGAUUAAGAACCUUGAAUUAGAGGUUGGGUUAAAAUCGAUUGUUUUUGUUAAUGAGGGUUGAACUUGGGUUAGCUAUUAACCCUACCUAAUUCGUCGAAUUGUAAUCCUAACAGGGUAAAAUCCUACCUACGAUGGUCGCAUUCGGGUUGUCCUAUUUAUGAUGGUAUUGAUGGUUGCAUUCGACGUCUUGUGAUGUGAGAUUGAACCUUAAUUAUAGAGUGAGAUGGUUAUGGUCUAAUUACAUUUAUGUGGUAGAGGGUGGGCCUUGUAAUGGCAUCAUGACAAUCAUCAUAUGGAGAUAGGCAUUUUGCCACGUGGCAAGGGAUUUUGUGCAAAAAAAAUAUUUGAUUUUUUUUUAAGACCAUUUUUGAGAAUUUAUUCUAAAAAAAAUCAAGACAAAUUUAAUGUAUCUAGGUAUUAUAUAUAUAUAUAUAUUAUGAAAAAUAAAUAUAAAUAUGAAAUCUACUUUAGAAACUUUUAUAUUAUAAGUAUAUAAUACUUUUAAAAAAUAAAUGAAAAACUUCAAUUUUAAAUAGAAAUUUUUUCCUCAAAGAAAUUAAAAAUUAUUUUUUAUAACUAUUCUCUAAAAUUAUUUCAUGAGAAAUAUUGAAAAAAAGAACAAAUUAUUAAACAAAUAAAACUAUCAUCAAACCCUAAAGAACACGUUAGGAUAACCCAAUUAGUUAAGGCAAACACUGAGAAGUGUGGUCUCAAUAAGUGAUACAUGGUCUGAGUUUGAAUUAUAUCACUGAUAAUACCCUAAAUUUACCCCAUACUGGUAUUUGUAGGGUGAUUAGCAUCUCGAUGUUUGGGUUAAAAAAUGGAAUAUUUAAAACCAUUAUAGGAGAAUUGUGCUUUGAGGUUAGUUGGGACUAAUAAUUGGCUCAAGAUCGUCUUAUCACCCGUAUUUUAACUCAAAACUUAAUGAUAUAGUAGAAAUUGAAGUGAAUGAUAUUACUUUUCAAAAAUCCCCAAAAAACUAUUGACAGUUAAAUUAAAAAAACUAACCAUUCUCUCUUUCACUCUCUUUAUUUACCUUGCCUUUCUCUCAUAUACUUCUUAAAAUUUUUAUAACUUUUUUAUUUCAUAUUUAUCCAAUUUAUAAAAUAAAGAUUUUGUUGUUAAAUAAUUUUAUUGUGAAAUUGAUCUUUUUAAAUUAAUUUUUUUAUCCAUAUUUAUUUCAUGUAAUAAACAAAUAUUUUAAAUAAAAAAAAUCUACUUCAAUUUAUUUAUAUAAGGAUUACAUUAAAUCAAAAAAUAUUUUUAAUUGAUGGAUAUUGAAAUUGGUUUUUCUUAAAUUUUAGUUAUUUAAUAUAAUAAAAUUAGAAUUCAAAAUAGACCCAACUUCCUUAAUUCAUAAGAAAUAAUUUUUUUAUUAAAUGGUUGAUAACAAACUAAAAACUAUUAUUAUAUACUUUUAAAUAAUAUUGAUAUAAAAAUAAAAAUAAAAUAGACAAUACAUUAUUUUUAUUUAUUAUAAAUUAUAUAUUUUAAUAAUAUAAAAUAUCAUCACUUAAUUAUUAUUAAAUUUGUAUUGUAUAUAUUUUAAUGGGUAUUUGAUAUCAUUUUUAUCACUUGUACAAGUUAUAAGGACAUUUUCAACGCAUGAUUCUCCCCAAAACGCAGCGUUGAUGGUCGUCCAAACACCGCGUGCAGUGCAGUUGACAGUAGAUCCCGUCCAAGACGUAUCGGCCGCGUAACGCGUUUAGUCUCACGUCCCCAUGGCCUUUUUUUUGGUUCUCUUUUUUUAGGGGGUCAAAUUUGGUCACCGGAUGGGCAUUGGGCAUCAUUCAUCACUCAUCUUAUCGCAGUCCACAUCUCCACAGUCCCCACACUCUCCUUCCAAAUUUCCUCCCAACACUCGAAAGUGCUAGGCGAGAAAAAAACUUGGAAUUCCCACUAAUUCUCCGAAGUGAAAGACAAGAAAUAAGAAAAAAACGACGAAAAGCCCGGAAGAUUGAAUGGAUGCAGAAACUUCAUUGUUUGAGAGCAGUGAGAUGCUGGCGACUUUCAUAUCUUCAACGCCUGUGCUACAAGAUUCAUGGAGGCUUUGCAGCCUCGCAAACACCUCUGCGAGUGUCGUUACCGAUCAAGUUCGAGGCAUCGCUUACGUGGCCUUCUCGGGGACCAUUAUGCCCCCUCUUGCAGACCCCAGCUGCGCUAACUUGGAGGCUUUGGACCGCCCCCCUGAUGGCCUUUUUCCACCGUUGCAGCAGCGCCAUGCUCAGCAUCAGCACGAAGACCCUCCUAUGCUUCAUGCUGCCAUUUUACAUCACUUCCUCUCCUUGUACACCUCACCGGCCUUUCUUAAUCAGAUUUUGACAGUAAUAGAGAAAAGCAAGGCAGUUGUGAUGACAGGCCACUCCAUGGGAGGUGCAGUUGCCUCUCUUUCAGCACUUUGGCUCCUCUCCCAUCUCCAAUCCACUUCUUCUGCCCUUCCAGUCCUGUGCAUCACAUUUGGCUCCCCACUGCUAGGCAAUGAGGCCCUUUCACGAGCAAUUCUCCGAGAAAGAUGGGCUGGAAACUUCUGCCAUGUUGUUUCAAACCACGACUUCGUGCCAAGACUCUUCUUGGCUCCUUUACCUUCCUUGUCUACCCAGCAGCCACAUUUUGUCCGACAAUUCUGGCACUUGUUGAUGACUUCUCUGCAAUCAGUUUCAGAGACAAUCCAGUUAUUUCGUUCUGUGUUGCCUUUCGUUCAGGCAUCGGCGGCCACCACAGGAGAAGGAUGGGUUAAAAGUCCGUUCAGCCCGUUUGGGAACUACUUGUUUUUUUCUGAAGAGGGAGCUGUAUGUGUCAAUGAUGCUGCAGCUGCUGUUAAGAUGCUAGAGUUGAUGUUUACAACAGCGUCACCUGGUUCUAGCAUUGAGGAUCAUCUCAAGUAUGGGGAUUAUGUUGGGAAAGCUUCUUGGCAGUUGUUGAUGAGGAAAAGCUUCACCCAAGGAGAACCUCCGGAGUCGAGCUAUGAAGCAGGGGUUGCUUUGGCUGUGCAGUCCUGUGGGCUAGCUGGGCAGGAGUCAAUUGCCGGACCAGCCAAAGAUUGCCUAAAGAUGGCCAAGAGGGUGAAUCCGUUACCGCCACACCUGAAUAGCGCUAACCUUGCCAUAACCCUGUCCAAAAACGUCCCAUACAGAGCCCAGAUAGAGUGGUUCAAAGCAUCAUGCGACAAGUCGGAUGAUCAAAUGGGCUACUACGACUCCUUCAAACUAAGAGGAGCCUCAAAGAAAGGUGCUAAGAUCAACAUGAACCGGUGCCUGCUUGCAGGGUUUUGGGAUAAUGUCAUCUAUAUGCUCGAAAGCAACCAACUACCUCACGAUUUUAAUAAGAGGGCGAAAUGGGUGAAUGCCUCUCAAUUUUAUAAACUCCUGGUGGAGCCGCUGGACAUUGCAGAGUACUAUAGGACUGGGAAGCACCGCACCCAGGGACAUUACUUGAAGAAUGGUCGAGAGAAAAGGUAUGAGAUUUUUGAUAGAUGGUGGAAAGGGAGAGAGGCUGGGGAUGAAGAAAAUAACAAGAGGACUUCUUAUGCGAGUUUGACACAAGAUUCAUGCUUCUGGGCAAGAGUAGAGGAAGCCAAGGACUGGUUAGACCAGGUUAGGAGUGAGAGCGAUACGGGGAGGUCAGAUAUGUUAUGGCAAGAUAUUGACAGGUUUGAAAGUUAUGCUACAAGAUUGGUUGAGAACAAGGAAGUUUCCAUAGAUGUCCUGGCAAAGAAUUCAAGCUUUACUUUGUUGAUGGAAGAACUGCAAGAUUUCAAAAAAAAAACCCAGCAAUUCCCACCUCAGUUUCCAGCCUUUUGGAAUGAAGAGAUGGUUCCUUAAAAUUCAUCUUCUAAAAGCUUUGUAAUACACCAGUGCUGUGAUUUUAGUGUUGCAUGUAUAUAUAUGACUGUUAUCAUAAUUUAUGAAAAAGGUUUUGUAUCACAAA